GUUGGCUUUCGGUGAAAAUCACCGCUGGGUUAGCUGUUUUCUCCAACGGCAAAGCAGUCACAUUCUCACAAUUUGCACAUCAUUGAAACUAAUUGGCUCCUUCUACAAGCCAUGCCGCUACCAACCAGCACCAAGAGAUACCUGGAAAUGGCAUCUGCCACCUCAAUGCAGCCCACCCCAUCGCCGGGCCAGGGAUACUGCGAGACUGAGAGGGACUACUGGCGUGUCUUCUUCAGAGUGUGUGAUCUGGGUCCCAAUGAGAUCAAAACGAUUCAUGCGCUAGAUUACACCUCCAUUACCCGACUGUCCCUGAUAGGAAUGCACAAGAAUACCGAGAGUCUGUUGAAGGCGGGGAUAUCAGAAGUCAAAGCACACAUGAUCCAAUUCUUCUGUACAUAUCUCCUUCACUGCAAGUACCACCAGUACAACGUGUCCAAGGACCUGAAGAUGGAUCAGAUCCUCGAGUUCAACUUUCUCUUAGCUAAUCCUGAACAAGCACCCCAAGGAGAGGCAUUAGUGCUACCAGUACAAGAAGAAGAACCCGCGGUAGUGAAGCCCAAGACAUUGGUGGAACAGUCGACGAAAGGUGAUGAGAUCAAUGUGCUAGGUCUGGACGCGAGUGACCACACAAAGAGCUCGAAGAUUUCUUCGAAGAGUUCCUCGUCCAAAACAUCAUCCAAGAGCUCCAAGAAAAACCAUCGUCGCCGUACCAGCGCCACCAGCAACGGUGCUAGCGGAACGGGUAGGAAGAAAAGUUCAACAAGACGACGCUUCUCAAAGCAAUCCAGUAUGGAUGCGAGUGAAGGCUCGGUUGGUUCUAUGCGAUCGUUUGCGUCCAAGUCUAGUCUGCGCUCUUGCCGUUCCUCUGCGUCCAAGAAGAGUGUGAGCUGGAACCCCACGUUCAAGUUCAACCAGUCGUUCGGUAGCUCCUGUCCUGCGAUUGACGAACGUUCUACGAGGACUCCAACCACGAUGGCCUCUACCGGUACGAGCAGGUGGAGUGCAUGUUCUACAAUUGCUGAACACUCGCAACGUGAGUUGACAACGGCGGAUUCGGUGGUGGAAUCUUCACCACCAGCUCGCAGGACUUCAAGUUCCUCCGACGAAAAGGCUCGCCGCCCCCGUCGAAGACCUAGUGUGGAUGUGGCACUACUCGAAAUGGAUGCCCUGCAAAAACUCUAUGAACAGAAAGAGGAGUCUAGCAAGAGCACGCUUCCUUUGUUCCCUCCUGUUCAUGCCGAGGAGAACAGCAAUAGCGGUAGUUUGAAGGAAACCAAGAACACUCUUGCGGUGGAAAGCCCAAAGCCAACCGAAACGGUUCCUUGUGGUGUAACACCAUGCAACAUGAUGCUUGAAUUUACACCGCAUGCAGUGCCGCCUCCUCCUAGCUGUCCAUACAAACGAUCAAGUCUUCGGUGGGCUCAAGCACUGGAUGUGGAGGAAGAUCUGACUGACGAUGAUUGGUCUGAUUCUGAUGAUGAUUCAUCUGAUUGGGACAGUAGUGAUGACGAUGCAUCCUUGUCUGGUGCACCCGUUGCAGAGGCAAAGGCAGAGGCAAAGGCAGAAGCAUUGUCGGCACGGGAACCACCGUCCAAGAAGACAGUGUUUAGUUGGAAGUCUGAAAACGUGACUAUUGGGGAGUGGACACUUCCAGCCAAUCGCGUUCUUCCUGUUAACCUUCAAAGUAUAUUUCGAGCAGCUUCGGAGAAUCCAGAUUUGAAUAUUGAAGAGCAGAUUCACCAAGCCUUGUCGAGAAGCACAAUGCGUACAGGCAUGGUCGGUCCAACCGCGGCAUAGCCGCAAGGUCCGGAAUCGAAUCAGUCUACGAAACACGACUGGAGGUUCAUUUCUGUAAUUUACGUUUUUUAGGGCAUUCUCUACUCAUUCUCGUCCUAUUUUCUCGUCCUAACUGCUCGUCCUAUUUUCUUGUCCUAUUCUUAGGACGAAUUGGCAAUCUCUAAAAAAAUUGUUCUAAAACUGGACUUAGAUAAAACGGGUUUUAGGACGAGUCGAGUUCAUUCUCUAUAAAAUGGUCCUAAAAGCUCGUCCUAAACUAGCUAGUGAAGUUUGCACCUCUCCUCUAUCAGCCUAUUAAAGUGGUCCUGAUAGUGUGGCUAGAAGGCUUCCCACAAAGCACCUCAGUGGUCGAGGUUGGAGUUUCGUCUAUGGCUACGGUACGUGUACACAGUGAAGCUACUACCUCGUACCGAUAGCCACAGCGGUGCGAAAUGGGAGUGGAGUUACUAGUACUCAGUCUUGUUAACUCAAUCUUGUUAGCUCAAUCGGUGGUGAUGUCAUCAAAGGAGACUCGAGGUUUUAAAGGAUUUAUUAGGACGAGUCUUUGGAACGAGUUUCUUUUUUCGUCGU